AUGAUAUUUUUCCUGUGUCUGGUUCUCUUGCAGGAUUUUAAAAAUGGACCUCAAGUCGAAGCUACUGUAAGGUUGGUGAAUGGUUUCAACUCUUGUUCUGGACGAGUGGAGGUUCUUUAUGGUGGUGUAUGGGGAACAGUGUGUGAUGAUGGCUGGGAUCUAUCAGAAGCUGCAGUGGUGUGUAGAGCUCUGGGAUGUGGAGAUGCUAUAGAGGCAAAGAGUGUUGCAUAUUUUGGACAAGGUUCAGGAUCUAUAUGGAUGGAUGAUGUAAGUUGUGUUGGCACUGAGUCUUCACUGAUAAACUGUGGAUUUGCGGGGUGGGGAGUAAACAAUUGUGGGCAUGGUGAAGAUGCUGGAGUCGUUUGUCAAGUUAGGUUGGUGAAUGGCAGUAACUCUUGUUCUGGACGAGUGGAGGUUCUUCAUAAUGGUCAAUGGGGAACAGUGUGUGAUAACGGCUGGGAUCUAUCAGACGCUGCAGUGGUGUGUAGAGAAGUUGGCUGUGCAGAUGCCCGAGAGGUGAAGAUUGGUGCUUAUUUUGGAGCAGGUUCUGGACAAAUAUGGAUGAAUGCUUCACAAUGUACUGGGAGUGAGACUUCAUUGGUGAGCUGUUCAUCCACAAAAUGGGGAAUACAGAACGGUAUCCACUCAAAAGACGCUGGAGUCAUCUGUAAUCAUGUUAGACUGGUAAAUGGAUCUAAUAAGUGUGUAGGUAGAGUGGAGGUUUUACAUAAUGAUCAAUGGGGAACCAUCUGUGAUGCUGGCUGGGAUUUAGCAGAUGCUGCAGUGGUGUGUAGUAGCAUUGGUUGUGGGGUUCCAAAGAAUGAUGAUUUCUAUGGGCAGGGUACAGGACCCGUGUGGCUGGAUGAUUUGCGAUGCUCUGGGAAUGAGUCAACAGUGACAAAAUGUCAAUCUAAGGAAAUUGGAACAAGCACCUGUAGCCAUGGACAAGAUGUUGGAGUCUUCUGUCGAUAUAUAAAGCUGGUAGAUGGAACGAGUUCAUGUGAUGGCAGAGUUGAGGUUUUUUAUAAUGAAAUCUUUGGUGCAGUGUGUCACACUGGCUGGGGUCUAGAAGAAGCUACAGUUCUGUGUAGACAGCUGGGUUGUGGUGAUGUUGCAGAGCCAACCUCAUAUGUGGGUCCAUUUGUUGGGCCAAAAUGGCUUGAUAAUCUUGGGUGUACAGGAAAUGAGUCGACACUGCAGACCUGUCCAUUUACGGGAUGGGGUGUCAGCAGUUGUGGGGAUGGACUUUAUGCAGGAGUUGUUUGCAAAAGUUUCAGACUGGUAAAUGGAUCGAAUCAGUGUUCUGGAAGAGUGGAAGUUUUAUAUAACUAUCAAUGGGGAACCAUCUGUGAUGCUGGCUGGGAUUUAACAGAUGCUGCAGUGGUGUGUAAGAGCAUGGGUUGUGGGACUCCUAUAGCAGCAAAGACCGGAGCUUUCUUUGGGCAGGGCUCAGGACCCGUGUGGCUUGAUGGUGUCAGUUGUUCUGGGAAUGAGCCAACAGUGAAAAAUUGUUCAUCAAAGGCAUUAGGAACAAGCACCUGCAGCCAUGGACAAGAUGCUGGAGUCAUCUGUAACCCUCCUGUCAGGUUGGUGAACGGUGAUAACUCAUGUUCUGGACGAGUGGAGGUUCUUCAUAAUGGGACAUGGGGAACAGUGUGUAUAGAUUCCUGGGACUCUACUGAUUCUGCAGUGGUGUGUGAAGAGGCCGGAUGUCCGACUGGUGCUGAAGCAAAGAUAUAUUCAUACUUUGGACCUGGUGUGGGAACAAUAUGGAUGGAUGAUGUUCAAUCUCCGUUGCAUUACGGCCCCACUGGAGAGAGAGAGAAAGUGUGGGUGAGCCGGGCAUCCAUUCUGGAAAUAGAGGAUAUACUGUUGCGGCCCCAUCAAAGAGAGAAGUGUGGGCGAGCCGUAGUGUAUCUGAACCACCGUAGGCGAAAGUCCCACGUUCCUCUUCGUUUCAUCUCGUCCCCUCCACCAGGAAAUAUCGUCCAAACUACCACACGGCGGGCCCGGGCCGUGUUUGGCGUCGUCCAUAACUCACUGAGUGUGUGUGCAGUGCCGUGGCAUAUACCUGGAAGAGGAAGAAAAGCCCAGUUUUGUGUCUCACUUACCUUUGCUUACAGCAUAUACCUGGAAGAGGAAGAAAAGCCCAGUUUUGUGCCUCACUUACCUUUGCUUACAGCAUAUACCUGGAAGAGGAAGAAAAGUCCAGUUUUGUGUGUCACUUACCUUCGCUACAGCACGUACCUACGGAGAGGAAAUGUUAGACUGGUAGCUGGAGAUAAUCUUUGUUCUGGACGAGUUGAGGUUUUAUAUAAUAAUCAAUGGGGAACCGUCUGUGAUUCUGGCUGGGAUUUAGCAGAAGCUGCAGUGGUGUGUAAUAGCAUGGGCUGUGGGACUCCGAUAGCAGCAACAACGAAGGCUUCCUUUGGGCAGGGUUCAGGACCCGUUUGGCUGGAUGAUGUAAGUUGUUCUGGGAAUGAGGCAACAGUAAAAACUUGUCUAUCAGAUGAAAUAGGAACAACCAGCUGUAGCCAUUCAAAAGAUGCUGGAGUCAUCUGUCGAGAUAUAAAGCUGGUGGGUGGUACGGGUCCAUGCAAUGGCAGACUUCAAGUUCUUUAUAAUAAUCACUGGGGUUCAGUUUGUCACACUGGCUGGGGUCUGCAAGCAGCUGCAGUUGUGUGUGAAGAGCUUAGCUGUGGUGGGGCUGAAAAGAGUCAACAGUACGGAACUGUCCAUUUACUGGAUGGGGUGCAAGCAGCAGUUGUGCGGACGGAUAUUACGCUGGGGUUGUUUGCAAUGCAUUUAUUUAACCUCAUCUAG